UGCAAGUGAGAAUGAUGCAAGCUGAAAAGGACAACAUUUUGAAGGACAAGGGAACAGGCGGGAUUUAUUUCCGGAAGGCUGUUGGAUACUGGGAAGGAUUUAGUUUUAUAGUUGGAAUUGUGAUCGGCUCGGGGAUUUUCAUCGCACCCACCGGGGUGAUCAGAUUCUCUCAUCUCAAUGUCGGCGUGGCUCUCUGUAUCUGGGGGGUUUGUGGCCUGCUGUCUCUCAUGGCUGCCCUCUGUUAUGCAGAACUGGGUGUCUCCCUGCCUUCUUCUGGAGGAUCAUACUACUACAACAAAAGAGCUUUGGGGUCCAUCCCUGCCUUCAUAUAUAUGUGUGUUAUUGUUUUUUUCCAAAGACCGGCUUCCUGCUCAGCCAAAGCCCUCACUUUGUCCGAGUACACCUUGCAGCCCUUUUAUGGGGAAUGUGAGGUGCCUGAGGUGGCUAAGAAAUCGCUCGCGGUGGUCGUCCUGUUGUUCCUCACCAUCAUUAACUGCUUUAACACCAAGUGGGCUGUCUUAGUGCAGAAGGUCUUUACUUUCCUAAAGAUUUUAUCACUGAAUGUCAUCAUCUUCGGUGGGAUUAGCCAACUGUACAAUGUAAAAACCAGCAGCCUGGCCAAUGGCUUCUCUGGAAAAAUUGCCAGUGCGUCUGACUUGGCACAAGCCAUCUAUCAAGGGAUGUGGGCUUACUCCGGCUGGAGUGCGGUCAACACCAUCGCAGAGGAAUUAAAAAAUCCAAGAAAAAACAUCCCAAGAUGCAUUUCUACUGCUCUGCCUGUUGUCACUUUGCUGUACGUGCUGGUGAAUGUCUCCUAUCUUACAGUGAUGACUCCUAAAGAGAUGACCAUGUCAGCUGCUGUGGGAAACACCUGGGCCAGCAGGGUACUUGGCUCCUUUUUCUGGAUAAUUCCCAUGUCGGUGGCAAUUUCUACAUUUGGUUCCAUUAAUGGCUCCACUUUCCUCCAAGGACGCCUGAAGUAUGCCGCUAGCAGAGAAGGACACCUGCCAAGUUUUUUUUCAAUGCUACACAUCCAUCACCUAACUCCGGCACCGGGCAUUAUUCUGUCUGGCCUCUUGUCCAUUCUGUUUGUGAUCUCUUCCAGCCUCCUCACACUGACCAGCUAUUUUGGAUUUUUCUCGUGGGUUGUUAUAACAAUGACUUGUAUUUCUCUGCUGGUUCUUCGGUACCGGGAACCUGAUCUUCCCAGACCAUAUAAGGUCCCCCUGCCUAUUGUUCUGCUGACCAUCGGGGCCGGAAUCUUCUUCAUUUUAGCUCCUAUCAUUCGCUCUCCCAAAAAACAGUACAUCUACGGCUUGCUGGCUAUGUUUGGAAGCCUCAUCUUCUACGUGCCUUUUGUUCAUUUCAAACUUCGUUUCAAGUUCUUUGAUAAAGUCACUUAUAUUAUGCAGCUGUUGUGUGAAGUCAGCUUCAUAGAUGAGUCCAAAGCAUUCAAGGAGAAAUGAUGUCUCACUUUUCUUCGAUUUAGUCAAGUACACUGCAUUUUCACACAUCCAGACAUAAAUAAAUCAAUUAAUACAUAUUUAUGUUGUAAAUCAUUCAAGAGUGACAGUUUCUCUGCAAAGAAAUUGAAUUUGUCUUUCUAUUGUCAAUGUCAGGCCUUCUACACAUGGCUAGUGUAUUUUUUCCAGUUUGCUAGAGUACUGUCAUCUUAACUUGCUCUGUGGUGCAAUUUAUGAAAUAAAUAUUAACAAAUGAA